UGUUAAAUGUAGAGGAAAAAACACAAAAAGUGACUCAGAGAGUUGCUAGAGGUUAGCCUUUAGCUAAUGCUUGUUGUAUAAGCAUUUGAGGUGAAGUGUUGCCUUAUAAUAACAGAAACCCAAACAAGUAUAUUUUGCUGUCUGUUUCUUAUGAUUUCCUAUGAUCAAGGUCAGUAACUAUAUCGUUAAGGAAUAUGAAGUUGCGAAACACGGCAUGAUGCUACACGUAGCAUAGCAGCAUAUUCAAGAGUGUGGUGUUUUCUGUGCUGUGUUCUUAAAAGUUUAUUUAUUUAUAUCGAUAAAUGCACAUAAAUCAUCCCUGGAGAGUUUAACGUGAUUUUAAAUGUACAAAAUAAUAAAUAAUACGCUUUUGUUAGAGUUGUCGAGUCGGAAGACUGUAGCGUCCCACUGAAAUGAGGCUGUAAUGGUGUGUGGCUUGUGAACGAAUCUUUUAAGUGAAUGAAUUGUCUGUUUCCACGAAUCAACUCAUAUUCAAGCGCGUAGCUGCUCCUGCCGCACGAAUGAAUCUUUUUUUAAUGAACUGAUUCAAAUGAUUCGACGCACUGGAAUGAAUCAAAUCCCCGUCACUACUGCGCUGUCAUUUAUGGAGAGGGAGGGUCUGUGUGUUUGGCGCUCAAAGGCGCUCUGCUUUUGAACGGAAAACUGGGAUAGAGGGAGCCAUCUUUUGAGAGAGGUUGGAAUAAGCUGGAUCAUGAAGAAACCUGUACCACAGAAAGCUAUUGAGUGGAAAGAUGGCAAACGGAUCAAGCACGCUCGCAGUGGUCGCCCCUCUCGUGUCCCAUCACAGUACCAAGGGCAUUUCAGUUGGGAGAAGUACCUAAAAGAGAAAGGAGCAGUCGCUGCUCCUUCUCACUGCUUCAGACAGAGCACAGCCCCUCCGGUGAAUGAGUUUAAGGCUGGCAUGAAGUUGGAAGCUCAGGAUCCCAGAAACACUACAUCUACCUGCAUCGCUACUGUUGUGGGCCUGACGGGCUCCCGCCUCCGCCUUCGGCUGGACGGUAGCGACAACAAGAAUGAUUUCUGGCGCCUGGUGGACUCCUCAGAAAUCCAGCCCAUUGGGAAUUGCGAGAAGAACGGAGGCAUGCUGCAGCCGCCACUUGGGUUUCGUCUGAAUGCAUCAUCAUGGCCCAUGUUUUUAUUAAAAACACUCAACGGAGCUGAAAUGGCCCCAGCCCGAAUCUUUCACAAGCAAGAACCACCUGCCCCGGAGCAAAACUGUUUUCAGGUGGGGAUGAAGCUGGAGGCAGUGGACAGGAAGAAUCCUCACUUCAUCUGUCCUGCCACAGUGGGCGCGCUGCGGGGCGUGGAGGUUCUGAUCACCUUUGAUGGCUGGCGGGGUGCUUUUGAUUACUACUGCCGCUAUGAUUCCAGAGACAUCUUCCCAGUCGGCUGGUGCGCGCUCACAGGAGACAACCUGCAGCCGCCAGGCACUAAAGUUGGGUUACCAAAGGUGUUAGGUGCACUUGGUGCCCUACCAGAGGGUGGCAUAGAGGGGACAGGCAUGCCACCUACACCAGGCAGACCCCCACCCCAGAAGAAACGUAAGCCUGGCCGCAAGAAAACCAAACUUUCUGGGCCCUGGGGUCAGAAAGGAACAAUUGGUUCCCAGAUAAGCCAGCCUGGAAAGGAACUGGAAUCUAUUAAAAUCCCGAAGAAACGAGGCCCCAAACCAGGGAGCAAGCUAAGCUGGGCCAAGAGGACAGCGUGGCUUGAAGGAACAAUCGGAGGUCCUGGUAGACCUAUCAGCAAACCCAGAGGCAAACUGCCAGCCAACUGGCCCCCGAAAGUGCAGCAGAACCCAACAGAUCCCAUUAAGAUCCCAAAAAAGAGAGGCCCCAAGCCCGGCAGCAAGAGGAAACCCCGAUUGGGACCCAACGCUAUGCCCACCUCCCCAAGCACUAGCACUCCAGAACCAGACACCAGCUCAGUUCCGCUGGACAACGCCACUAUUCCCAGCGCUGCCUUACAGGCCCCUACAGUAUGUGUGUACCUGAAUAAGUACGGGAAAGUGGGUCCCCAUCUGGAUGCACGUCGUAUCCAGUCACUGCCAGAUCACUUUGGGCCAGGCCGAGCUUCCUCUGUGCUGCAGCAGUGUGUUCAAGCCUGUGUUGACUGUGCACAUAACCAGAGCUCAGUCUUUUCCUGCCUCAAACCAGGCCAUGGAGGAGAGCUCAUAUCAGCCUAUUUUGAGCAGCAGCACCACACUUUAACACUGCCGGCAGUGAACAGUGUGACGUAUGUGCUGCGCUUCCUGGAGAAACUCUGUCACAACCUGCACUGCGACCCAUUAUUCGGCAGUCAGCCCGUCCCUGUGGGAGGACUUCACUAUGACAGCCGGACGUACACAGAAAGGAGAAACUUUGCAGAAAGUCUGAAUUCUGGACCCGGUCGGGGGACUAAGAGGUUUCUCCAACAUGACGCCUUCAACAGCAACUCUGCACCGCACAAAAUAGCUAAAAGUCACCGUCUCUCCUCAGAAGAGCCCUUCCUGAUGGAGAAUGGGGUUGGCAGCUCGGAGGUGCUGGAGAAAAUACACUUGUCCCCUGGACAUGGCAUGGCAAUGCGUUCCCUUUCUCAAAGUAGCAGCUCACCAAGGAAACUACAUCGUCUGGGCUCGACAGGUUCAGAGCGUUUUCUGAGCUCGAGGGAAAGCCCGCGACCCAGUGGACAAGACCCCAACCUGUGGACGGUGGAGGAUGUUAUGCAGUUCAUCAGAGACAUUGACCCUCAGUUCUGAGCUCGUGCAGAAUUCU